CGCACUGGACCUGCUGGAGUGCCAGCUGAAGAGGCGCGGGACCCAGAACCUCCAGCGCCCGUGCCCGCCCCAGGCGGCCUGUCCGCCGGCAGCGUCGUGCCUCGGGCAGGCGCUCGGAGGCUUCCUCGGCGGGAGCCUGCUGACGGCACCAGCGGCCUGCGGCCUCGCGGCGCGGGCAAGCCGAGCGCACUCCCCAGCGGCCCCGCAGGUCGCAGCAACGCUCACCUCGGCCCUGGGGCCGCCCGCGUUCACGUCCGACGGAGACGCGGCCCGCAGGUUCGAGCUUGAAGCCGCGGCCAGGUACGACGAGGCGGGGCCCGACGGCGAGUUGUGGCACGAGCGUCUCGUGCUGGCGUGGGCCAUUUCCAGCCAGUAUGCUGUGCUCUCGCCAGACUACGACAUGCUCGUCGAGCAGCUCGACGCCACGAACGUGGACCUCAGCGGCUUGAGGUUCGGAGUCGCGGGCGGCGCCCUGCCGCUGGGGCUCGCGUGGGGCCAGGUGCACCGUUUCGCCAUGGCCCCGACGCCGGCCGAGCGCGCGGCGCUGCUAGCGGAGGGAGCGUCGGCGGCGGUCGUCGAGCGGGUUGGCUCAGCCCGCGGGCGCGGCCGCGGCUGGGUGCUCGACGUCCCCAGCAAGGGCCACUCCGUCGGUCAGGAAGUGGCGCUGCCCGCGGCGGCGCUGAACAUCGGUGGGCGUUCGGUCGUGACGGUCGACGGCGAGUUCUGCACUGCGACGAAGUUCGGGACGGGCACGGACGUGGACCGCCGGGCGCGCGAGCGGAAGGGGCUCCUCCAGCGAGGCGAGCCGCAACUGCUGUCCCGCGAGGAGGUUCCUCCCUUCAUGGGCGACGCCCGCCUCCUCGUCCGCGAUGCCAAGGUGCCCAUCCGCCUGCGCGGUUCGGCGCACGAGCAUCGCGCGAUCUCGAAGGCGCUCGAGCCGGCCGUCGGCACCGACGGGCUCAACAUCGCCAACCCGACCUCGAUGGAGCACCUGAAUCGCCGCCGCCAGCUGCUGGAGGAGGCCCACGUCAAGGACCCAGGGAGGGCGGAUUUCGAGGGGGCCCACCACUUCAUGGGGGAGAACGAGGUCUCCACCGGCGCGCUGGCUGCCCCGCCCCUGCGGGCCCACGCGGCGCCAGAGUUCCCCCGCGAGGCAGCCGUCGAGAAGGAGCGCCGCAAGGCCAAGGAGGCGAAGGCCAAGGCUGCCCCAAGGGGGACCAAGGACAAG